AUGAAGUUAUCAAACGUCCUCAUCAACAGCCUCCUCCCCAUAUUCGGGCUAUCCCAUCCCUUCCAUCUCCACCAAGAAAAGCACCUCGUCCGCCUACCCCUCCCUCCCCCAGAUAACUGGGUCGCGGGUCCGCGUCUAUUCCCCGGAGAAGUCAUUGCGGGCUUCCAUGCCCACAUCGACGAGCACGACGCCAAGGGUUGGCGUGAGUAUGUUAACCAGCAAUGCGAGAAGUUUCAUGACUGUACCUCGACCCUAUCGUUCAGCGCGAAUAAUGUCGGCUCGACGGGUGGGCGGUACUGGUUUGGAUAUGUCUUUCGGGGUGGGCCUACUACGCCGGAUGACUAUGUUAGGGACUGGACUGCUAGGGCUCAGGUGAAGGAUUCGGCUGCAUAUACUGUCAGCUUUGAGGAUGGUGAUGACGAUGGUGAUGACUUUCUAUGGUUACAGCGGGAUAUCUUGUAG